AUGAUUUUAUAAAUGUGGUAUCGUAAUUCAUGGGGGUUUAAGUUUUAAUCAAGAAUUUGAUUAAAUAUCUUUUAAAUAAAUGUUGGGGUUUUUCUUAUAAUAAUUUUGAUUUUGAUUGGUUGGUUGGUAAGUUUGCAAUUGGAUUCUAGUUAGAUCUUAAAUAAAUCCUUGAAUUUUUUAAUCAUUUUUUUAAAUAUUUUAAUAACCAUUUUUAGAUCUUGCAUUUGUUCCCCUUAUUUUAUAUAUAAAGAAAAAAAAAGUAGGAUUUUUUUUUUUUCUUGAUGAAUGGAAUAGAUAUGAAAAACAGAAUAGGAAUUAGGAUAAAAGAAAUGGGAUGGAAAACAAUAGGAAAUGGGAACAAUAAAAUAGAAAAAAUAAAAGCAAAUGCAAAAAAAUAUCCAAAAGUGAAAAUAUGGAUAAUAAGAGGAACAACAAUGGUGUUAUUAUGGACAUGUUUAGUACAAUUAACAGCAUUAGGUGAUACAUGGGGACCAAGAGUUUUAAAAGGGUGGCCUUCUUCUUCAUCAUUCACUAAAGAUUCUCAUUCUUUAGAUGUCAAGCUUUUGCCUUCUGUUCCUGCCAAGGUUCUUCCUCCUAAAAGGGUUUACCAAAACAAUGGCUACCUAAUGGUAUCAUGUAAUGGAGGACUCAAUCAAAUGCGCUCUGCAAUUUGUGAUAUGGUUGCAAUUGCGAGAUUUUUGAAUGUGACACUUAUUGUUCCUGAGUUGGAUAAAACGUCUUUUUGGGCUGAUCCAAGUGAGUUUGAAGAUAUUUUUGAUGUUAAUCAUUUCAUUACAUCUUUGAGAGACGAGGUUCGAAUACUCAAGCAGCUUCCUCCUAGACUUCAAAAGAGAGUUGAAUUAGGAUUCGUACAUACUAUGCCACCUGUUAGCUGGUCUGAUAUUUCAUAUUAUCAUAACCAGAUUCUUCCUUUGAUUAAAAAGUUCAAGGUUGUGCAUCUGAACAGAACCGAUGCCCGCCUCGCCAAUAAUGGUCAACCCCUUGACCUCCAGAAACUUAGGUGUCGAGUAAAUUUUAAUGCCCUGAGAUUUACACCUCAGAUAGAAUAUUUGAGUAGGCGUGUUGUACACCUUUUGAGACAAAAGGGGCCAUUUCUUGUACUUCAUUUAAGAUACGAAAUGGACAUGUUAGCGUUUUCUGGAUGUACACAAGGAUGCAACCUUGAUGAGGUGGAAGAGUUGACUAGAAUGAGAUAUGCAUACCCUUGGUGGAAAGAGAAGAUUAUAAACUCAGAACUAAAAAGAAAAGACGGUCUGUGCCCUUUGACCCCCGAGGAAACUGCCCUUACUUUAAGGGCGCUUGACAUUGAUAGUGACAUCCAAAUUUACGUAGCCGCAGGUGAAAUAUAUGGCGGUCAUAGGAGAUUGGCGGGUCUACAAGCGGCUUUUCCAAAGCUGGUAAGAAAAGAGACUUUACUAGGAGCAGAUGACCUUCAAUUUUUUCAAAACCAUUCUUCACAAAUGGCAGCACUGGACUAUCUCGUUUCAUUGGAAAGUGACAUUUUUAUUCCUACAUAUGAUGGAAACAUGGCAAAAGUUGUAGAAGGUCAUCGAAGAUAUUUAGGUUUCAAGAAAACGAUAUUAUUGAAUAGAAAGCUUAUAGUUGAACUUAUAGACCAAUACACAAAUGGUGCAUUGGGUUGGGAUGAAUUCUCAAGUGCUAUAAAGGAUGCACAUGCUGCACGCAUGGGCAGCCCAAAAAAACGAGUGGUUAUCCCAGAUAGACCUAAAGAAGAAGAUUACUUCUAUGCAAAUCCGGAAGAAUGCUUGAAGCCUUUAGAGACUGAACCUCUGAACAUCCUAUAACUAGGCUAUUGUGGUUUAGGUAGGUUUAUAUAUGGAUGAUUAUGGAUAGCAACCCUCGAGUCAGUAGUGCACAAGGCGGCGUUGUCUAGAUUUCGGUCCUGCAGGUUGUGGUGUAUUAGAGUUAGAAUGUGGUUUAUUAUCAGUAGCAUUUUUUUUAUUUCUUUCGGUUAUAUAUUAUUGCUAAUAAUGCAAAUUCAUGUAUAGGAAGUGCCCUGGCAUUGCAGGGAUGUAUUUAGGUCCACGAUACUACCGAUAUGUACAUCAUCAAUUUGAUAUAUAGAUUCGUUUUUGAUGUGAAUACAUGAUGUAACCAUUGUAAGAAGAUAUGGCGUUUAUGGUUGGGCAA